AUGAGCAUGAUCCUGAAUGUAAAUACAGAUGCAUUUUGGGUAUACUUUACCGAAGAAUCCAGAGACAUUUGUGAUGAAGCAACUGGGAUAGCAAGUGAGGAACCAUCCUUUACACUCAAUCCUACUUAUGAUGAGGAACGUGAUGUAUUUAAGAUUGAUUUUACAGAUUCUGAUCCCAUGACCACCAUGUUCAAAAAAACUGAAGUUGAAGAUGUCGAGCUGGAAAUAGAUAAUGAAGGAAAGCUUGUUACAUUGUUGUUUCAUGAUGCCAGUAACAAAAUGUCAAACAUAUCAAAAACAAGUGUUAAAUCUUUAAAUUACACAAACUGCUCGGAGAAAUUUCAAAAAGAGGCCCAAAUACCUGGCAACUCAAAUUUGGAACGCAGUGAGACUCCCAAUGAAAAGAAAUAUUUCGGCGGAUAUCCUCAUGUUAUAGUAGAAGGUUCUGAACCUCAAAGGUAUUUUAUUAAAGAUCAAUAUGGAAUGAUAGUUCGAGCUAAAAAUCGGGAAGUUGCAGAAAAAUUAUUAGGGAUGGGCAAGUUAUAA